AUGUCUUUUUACAUCAGAGGUCGAAAUACCGCGUCUGCUAUAGCGGCACAUGAGACCGGCGCCGAGAUGGCUCUCUCUACAGGAGCUAUAGCCGGCAUCGCAGUCGGCGGGGCUGUGCUUCUCUUCGCGGCGCUCGCACCUUUGCUUCUCAAACUUGCCAGGAAACAAGAUCAGCGUCGCGCGUCUGUCUUUCCCGAUGUUGCGGUAGAGUCUGGGGACACGACAACGAACGAAGCGGGCCCACGGCGACUACGCAAGAAGAGCUUUAUCGGCGAGCAGGUGGCAGUCAUGAUGGAUAAGGACGACGAGGUCGGGAUGGAGGAGAGUAGGAGUAGACGCUCGAGUCUGAACGUCAUAUCGCCCGCUCGAACACGUCCAGGGAGCUUUUCUGGGGGAGAUGGGAGUGCUAGAGGCAGUGUCGAUACACAACAAGGGCAGAAGCCCCGGUCGCCUGAUAAGGAGCGCGGCUACGACAUGUACCAGCACCGACGCAAAACAUCGUGGAUCGAUGAGGACGCGCUUCACGGCCCAACCGUCACUUCUCCAAAGAAGUCAAAACAGAAGCACAGGAGGAAAGUGAGCUGGUUCGACGGUGGUUUAGGCCGUUCCUUAAGCCGCCUCUCGACGAAAAGUGGUAUAGGAGAAGCUAGCCCAACUCUACCGUAUACCGAGACAGGAAUAGAAGAGCAGCUCAACACUCCUACUGACAGCACCAGUGACCAAAGAAUGAGCGGACCACCUCAGGACACAAACUUAACCGGGUACACAGCGACACCACGACAAAGUCAACAUCAGUCUCAGGUAUACACCAGUCCACAGAAGUUAUACGGGCCCUCGAACAACCCAAGCCCCGGGUCCGCCUCUAACAGCCCGUCAAAAUCACCGCCAGAUAUCAUCCACAACCCGCGAUACCGCAACAGAGUUUCGUUCCAAGCCGCCCAACAACUAGCCGGUGGAGCGCGUCUACCAGCCCCUAUUAGUAUACCGCAGGGGCAGACGCUGAGACAGCCGAUAUUACACCACAGCGCGACAGACACGGAACUAACGGAAAUCCUGCGCAUGACCGCAGAGAGAUUGCAAGACGGGAACAGGAGCGCGCGACGACAGACUCUAAUGGUCCCUCCGUAUACCCCAAGAAGGGGGCUUAACGGAGGAAUCCAAGGAAAUCAUUAUGGCGGAUAUAUGGACUUCAGUUAUGAGACUCCCGACAGAGGGGACGUUAGUCCCGUGAAGAGCCACAAGAGCGCUCCAGCAACAUUGUCAUAUGCGGAAUUAGAAGGCUCUACUCCAAAGCCACAGCUCUCUCAACGUCAGAUGCGGACUCCCGGGCAUUCGCGACAGCAAUCCUACGUAUCGCGAAUAUCACAAGUUUCGAUGUUAUCGGAACCAGAUAGCCUCGUUGCGUCUAAGAGGGAGUCGUACCAAGACGUACGAACCGCUUUAUCUAGUCCGAGCCGGGUUAACAGGUCAGCAGAACCUAGUCCUAGUCCGCAAGGGAGUCAACCGACUCGUCCAUUCUCAAACGGGAGUACCUUGUCUUCUGCUUUAUCAACACUAUAUAGCAUGGAAGAAACAUCUGUCCGUAGUCCACCUGUCGACUCGAGACCAGAGGGCAGCGUAGAGAGGCGCGCCCCCAGAAAAGGUCUUUCCAGUCACGAGGUGGUGCUCUCUCCAAGCAGAAUCCCCGAGACAAGCCCGGAGCGAAGUCCCAAGUCUCGCGUCAAGGAGGAAGAAAUACCCCCUCCGUUGCGAAUUCGUCGAGGAACCUUGGGCAUGGACACAUCGCCAGCGCCUCAGUUACUCCUACAAAAGAGCAUACAAGCCAACAGCAUACCCAGACGAAACCCAUCAUUCACGCUCCCAUCGUCAGACGAAAACGACGACGACCCAUUCACCAUGUCAACUCCGCCGCCGCAAAACCCCGCUCGUUUAUCAAAGGUCUUCUCGCCACUUCCAGCUGAACUACCCCGUAAACAAUCAGACGCGAAGUAUCCCGCGCACAAAAGAACCAUAUCCCAAGAAAGCGCCUCCAUCUCCACCCCAACGCCCUCGCCCUCGCGCAGACGAGUAUUACCCUCUCCCCGAUCCAUACUCAACUCGCCCACCUUCGCAAACCGCCAACGCGCCCCCAGCCCCGCAGUCUCCGAAGCCGGGCUAUCAUCCGUAUACGACAGCUACAACUACAGCUACAAUGAUCCCCAAGGCGACAACCCCGAUGUCUCGCCCGAGAAACUCGCGCGGACGAUAUCUAACUCAGGCCGCUCCUCACGCAUUGGGUUCCGCAUCCCGAACUACGGACAAGCCGAGGAGCCGCGGCAGUUCAACCACGAAUCCGUAGCGUGGGUGCCAGCAUCGCCGCCACCGCCGCGGCGCAGCAUGCCCUCUGAGGGAUCCAUAUACUCGCAAGAUGAAGACCAAGUCCCGCCCCUGCGCGCGCAGACCAUCAAGCGCAGCAAGACGGUGCGCAUGUCAACAGCGAUAACCGAGCUGCGGCGCAUGAACAGCCAGAUGAGCACCAUGAGCGACAUCAGCGUAGCCAGUUCGACGGUCGUAGGGAUGCGAGGAGGCGGAUUCAGUCCUGGGCGACAGAGCGGCGGUGUGAGGAAUUAUCUCGCGUUAGGAGGGGACCUAAAGAGUGGUAGUAGUAAUGGUGAUAGGUUCUCCCGGUCGAGCAUGGGCAGCGGCACCGUCAUUCGCAACGCCAGUUCCAGUUCCAACACCAAUGCGAAACACGGCAGUCCCUUACGGCGGAGUGGCGCUGGGAGAAGUCGUCGGGGUACGGUGGUGGUGCAAGGUAUCGAUGCCAAAAGGGGGAGUAAUAUCGGAACAGAUGCCGUGAAGCACGCCAGCCAGAUCAUGACGCAUGCCACGAAGCUAAGCCGCGAAGAGGCGGCGGCCAAGCGGGCGAGUGUUGAAAGUUUGUACGACGCGAAGGGGUUUCUAAAGGGUUAG